AUGGCCCGUAUGAAACAGGGGGUCUUCUCCUGGGAGGAUGUGCUGGUCCAGCGGUAUCAGAGCAACAAACCCACUCCUCUCCCCCGCCACCAAACAAUAGCAAUCCCCUCACCCCAACUCCAAAGCCGACUCCUCACCCGGUUAUCACCGGAGCUUCGGUUAAUGAUCUGGGAAUUUGUCCUGGCCGACCAAAGAAUCCACAUCAUCCAAUGCAGCAAGCAACGACUCGGACACGUGGUGUGUCCCUGUGCGCUCGAGCCCAGGUCUUCAUUGCCAAAACGCCACACUCGCCAGAACAGCAAUUUAUGUGAGAUCUGCCAUGGCACGGGCAUCUCCCAGCCGGCCAAAGAGGCCGAUCUCCUCCGCUGGAAUAAGGUUAAGCUACUGGGUCUGGCGUUGACUUGUCGGCAGAUAUACCACGAAUCAAUCCCCCUCCUCUACACCCUCCCAACCCUAGAAUUCAGUAACCCCUGGACCCUCCCAUACUUCCUACCAACAAUCCCACCCUCCCACCGCGACCGCAUCCGCACAAUCGAGCUACGCUGGUCCUUCCCAGGCCACUGGCUCCCGAGCAAAGACUCCGUGCGCGCGGUAUACGUGUCCGCAGGACGGACACAGUGGACAGAGACGUGUCGUGCAGUCUCGCAGCUGAAAUCACUACGGUCAUUCGUGCUCGUGCUUGAGAGCAAUUGGUUCAGCGAACCUGUUGAGAAAUUGGCUGCGUUUUUGGAGCCUUUGAGCGGGGUUGUUGUGAGGUCUGGAUUGAGACAGGGUUGGGAUUGGGAUCGGGAUCGGGAUCGUGGUGGCAAGAAGGAUGAUGAUGUAGAUGUGGAUGUAGAUGUGGAGCUUGGGUUUAGUGAUGGGUUCAGUUCCGAUGAGGACUCUUGUAAGAGCUUGGGGUCGGAUUCUGGGUCGUUUUCUUCUGUUGGGGUUUAUGACUCGAAUGCUAUGACUACGGCUAUGGCUUCUGGGUCUCGGGGGAGUUGGGAGUUGAGACUUCAGGGUCAGUGUUAUUAUUUGCAUGAAUUGGAUCGUAUAGGGGUGGAUCUUCGGCGGAGGGGUAUCGAUUGCUGGAUAUCAGCGGUGUGA